AUGGAUGACCUUGAAAGCGAGUUUGGCCCCAUCAGAAAGUCGGUACACAAAGUGAACGCAGAUGAGAUCAUAGACGAUGUUAAGCUUGAUGGGAAGAUUAAGAAGAUUAAAUUACAACGCCCUGUCAAAAGAUCUUCUAUUGGUGCAUCUAACGACUCUGAACUUGAUACUGCAGUUGUUACCAAAAAAACACGUACUGAAGAUACUGCAGCACAACCAAUUCCUUUGUUUGGUAUAAAUAAGACACCAGAAACAAAGACAUUUAAGAGAAUGAAGCACUACUUGACAAGAAAACUAAAUGGCACUCUUGGGUUUAAGGAAACUAAGAUACCCGACUUUUUGGAAAACACUUCAACUCAAGUUGACAAGCUUCUUCGACAAUGCAUCAUUCAAAAAGAAAGUCAUUCGGCCAUACUCAUCGGUCCUCGAUCCAAUUAUAAAGAUAUGAUAAUAAAGCAUCAUUUGGAGGCUUUAAGAUCGACACACAACGAACAAUUCAUUGUUAUCAACUUAAAUGGCUCUUUACAUUCGGAAAACUCUGCAAUUAACAGUAUUGCUGAACAAUUAGAAUUCGAACUUGCAAACAGAAACGUUAAUUCAUCAAAAAAAGUUAAAGCAGAAGAAUUAGGUUUAUCUGAAGGUACUUUGACAGAAGUCUUUGAUAACAUUCUAAGAUUGUUGGACUCAUUUACUGUGACUCCUCUAAAGGGUGUACACUCACAGAAAGAAAAAUCAGAGCACGUAACGCUAGUGUUCAUAUUUGAUGAAAUUGACAAAUUUGCUGGACCAGUGAGACAGACACUUUUGUAUAAUUUAUUUGACCUAGUAGAGACUUCAAGGAUACCAGUUUGUGUUCUUGGUCUUACUACAAAGUUGGCAAUCAUGCAAUUUCUUGAAAACAGAGUGAAAUCCCGGUUUUCUCAGCGAAUCAUAUAUAUGCCAUCAAUCUCGGAUUAUGAUCAAUUCAAGCAUGUAUUCAAAGAGCUCUUAGAGGUGGAUGAUUCAACAAUUCCUGAUCAGCUUCGAUGGAACCAGUUCUUGGAUGAGACUUUAAAAAAUGACGAUUCAGAGAUUUCUCGUAUUCUGCGUCAGAACUACGAGAACUUCAAAGAUAUACAACUAUUACAAAACGCCAUAUUUCCCACAGUUGCCUUGUCUAAAACAUAUUCUGAACUAGUUGAGAGCAUCAAAACAUGCAGCAAAAUAAAAAAGUACUUGGCGAAUCAACUCUUAGAUUCAAUUUCAGCUAAGAUCUUGUCACUAUCUGAUUUAGAGUUAGCUAUUUUGAUAUCUGCUUGUAGAGUGGCUUUAAAGAAUGACGAACAUAUCAAUUUGACUUUGGUACAUGAAGAAUUUUCUAAAUUGGGGAAGAUUCAUAAGACCACCUUCGCUGAUAGGUUCAAAAUGUGGACUAAACACGACAUGAAGAAUGUAUGGGAAAACUUGGCAAACCAAGAGCUUAUCACUGAGAGAGGUGCGAUUUCUGUCAGAUUCACAGAAGACUCUGCUAUACAAUCAGCAAACUACAAUUCAUCCACAAUGAAGGCACCAUUUGAUCUUCGAACCUAUCAAGUUUGCGUAACGCUGCAAGAAAUGCGAUUGACGAUACCCAAGAGCUCAUUUUUCUACUCAUGGACUCAGUUAUAG